CAACAUGAAACCGCAGUUGUUACUGCCCUUCCUACCACUUCUUCUGCCACUUUUCCCGCCACUUGUUCUGCAAUCACAUUUCCUACUUCCUCUUUUACCAUAUCUCCUACUGUUUCUCCUGCUAUAUUCCCUGCAAAAUCUCCUGUUGCAUUAGCAAUAAAAUUUGAUUUUGGACUUUGUUUCGCUUGUGGACUUCGUCUGGAAUUCUCUGAAGAAUAUGCUUUAAAUUUAGAUAAAUUUAUUGACAGGUUUAAAAAAAAUAGCAAAUACCCUAUUGAAAAUUAUAAUCUAGCCAAAAUGGCCACAGCUUAUAAGGAAUAUAUUUAUUUUGAACGACAAGGUUACGGAGGAAAUUAUAGUGCACAAUGGGGAUUCCAAAUUAUUUAUCACCCAUGGAGAUAUACGAUAAAAUCAUUACAGGAUCCUGAAAAAUAUCUAAAAAUUCAAUGA